AUGAAGCUUUCUACCUUCGCUCCCUUGGCUCUCAGCCUGGCAUCCUCAGCAUUUGCAUGGAUCGUGAUCGACUACGCCGAGGUGACGGACUGCAACAUCAUCAAUACGGACGCAUACUUCCGGGAAUACGACGGGACUGAUUCCAACGCAUGCCACAACUUUGGCGCUGGAGAGUCCGGCUCUACUUGUUCUCAGCAUAGCGGGCUAGGCGAUGUAGCUAGCUGCACGGACGAUCUGGUUGUUUCUGGGAGUGUCCUUGUUCGAGACUCGUCCCAGUGCGAGUUCUUCACCGCCAGUGACUGUGCAGGAUCUUCUCGUAUUGUUGCAGAUGGAUAUUGUGUGCCUGGGGCAUACUCUUCUUUCUCUUGCCCGGAAAUUUAA